UGGCGGCGCCGCCGCCUGCUGCAUAGGACGAUCACCGGGUCCAGAUCUCUGUUUAGAUAUUUGUUUACACACCGAAGAAAAGAGAUGUGGUGAAGACACGAGCGGGGCGAUCAGAGUUCUGGAUUUACUCUGGCGGUUUGGGAAUCAGAGCUCGGACACUCGGGCGACACGUUUGUCUGCACCUUGUCCACGCAGCCCAGAGAGUGGGCUGGCGCUGGAAGCUUCCACAAGCCGGAAGAAACACAGGCAGCGAGGAGGGGAUGGAGAUAGACUGUCAGCCCGAGGAGUCCCUUGUCUCUUCAUUUGAUGACGACUGUGUACGGCUUGGCGACGUCAAGGACAUGAGACUGGAGGCAGAAGCAGUGGUGAACGACGUACUCUUUGCCGUCACGGAAAUGCACGUGUCACACAGUCUCACCAGUGCGUUGGAUGUAGCCUACAUCAACGUCCAAACGAGAGAGGGAAACCGGUAUUGUCUGGAGCUCACAGAGGCAGGACUGAGGGUGGUGGGUUACGCUUUUAAUCAGGUGGACGAGGAUUUGAGUAACCAGUAUCAUGAGACGGUUUACUCACUUCUGGACACGCUCAGUCCGGGAUACAGAGAGGCCUUCGGAAACGCUUUGCUGCAGCGGCUGGAGACGCUAAAGCAAAAUGGACGAUAAAGAAGCAAAGACAAAGGGACUUGGAUGCUACAUAAGUUGUUCAAGUGAAACAGGGGCUGACGAUGUGGGUGUAUUUGGACAGGAGCCAAUAAUAACCAAGUCUGGUCAACUAUUAUAGCCGAUUAUGUGACAUCCACCCGCCUAGCUACCACCACAAUAAGGGGAACCCUGCCCUAUCAACUUUGCUUUGUUCUGAGUUUCAUAUCAUUGAACGGCACCAUAUUUGAUAGUUCAGAGUACGCGAGGGAUUGGCUACUGGUGCGGUUGCAACAUUGUGGUGUUGACUUAAACUGUGGAAAGAUCUUCCAGCUUCCACGUACUACAGGUUUGUAACUGUGCACAUUGUUCAAGGAUCCUGCAACUUUUUGUACUUGUCGAAGCAAUCUGAGAAAGAAGCAGCAGGUUUUUAAUGGUAGAAAUUCCGUGUCCUCCUCCCCGUCCUCUGCUUGCACUAAAGCUGUGACCUGAUGAUCUCUGCUCCAAUAUACUCAACUUCUUCUCAUUCAGCAGGUUUCUCAGUAAAAGAGCCAAAGCUAUAUUCUCUGUGUAACUCAUAUUGCCUUAAUGAUUGACUUUUGGUUAGAAGAGUACAAAAGGAACCCAUUAUGUUGUACUUACUGUGUGGAAGGAGAUACAUUCUGAUUAUGUGCUAACUUAUUAGUUAUCAAUUUAAUUAUUUCUUCCUCCAUAUGACAAAUUGCAUUACAUCUCAAGCUUGUAUUCCAAACUGCUGUAAAAAGUAAUUAAGGUCUUUGUGGAGGUUUCUUUUUUUCUUUUUUGUAGUUUUGUGCAAAAACAUUUAUUUUCAACAUAUCAGUUUAUAUCCUGCACAGAUUUCUAAUGUUGGUUUAUUGUGACCUGAUUGUGAUCCUGCCUAGGUCUUUUGAAAUGUACACUUCACACAGUUAUUCCUUGCUGCUGGCAUUUGCUCAGAUCAAUAAAAUCUCAGAGGUA